CUGUUCAAAAGUUGAAAAAACUCUACGGAAGUCGUCACCUAACCAUUUGCCAUUCAUCAUCAACGCUUUUGACAGUUACCGGCCGAACAAUGACGUCGCCCAUUAAACACCGUCCAUACUGGCCAUUCAUAAUUACAGUUGUAAGCGUUUUGUUGCAAGGUACACUUGGCCAGUCCUACCAUUUUAUAAUUGGCCAUCAUCAGCGUAAUUUUGAUCAGCUGUACCGGGACCCACCGCCAAACACUAGACAAUACACAAGUGAAACAAAUAAUACAGACUCGAGCUCAGAAUCGGAUAGUGGCAGUAAUAAUAAUUCCACAAUAAUUUUAGUGCAAAAUACAGUGCACGAAGGUACCAACGAGUUAUCACAAACAGCCAUGGACAUCAUUACCAUCGUUUGGUAUGUGGCAACAUUUUUGGCAUUGGCCGCUUUCUUUCUGCUGAUGGCUUGUUCUGAUCGACGAUGUGCCGACACUUCACGUAAUCCGCCAUUGAAUGCGAACGAAACUCCCAUCCCUCCGCCGACACCCUCACCGUCCUACAGUGAAUUUGCUCCGCCUAGUUAUGACAGUGUCAUGAAGUUGCAGCAUGCCAAUAAGACCAGCAUUUUUGUCAUACCCUUUGCCAUUGAUCAGCCGCCGAAGGAUAACACCAACCAGGCGCCGAGCACGCCCACCAUAAACGUCUACACCAUCAAUGAGCUACAGAAAUCGGACAGUUAG